GCAGCAUCUGUGCUGGCCGUGCGGCAGCUGCCGGCCCUGCCCUGUGCCUGACGACGUAUAAAUAGAGGCAGCGAGCAGCAAGGAGCUCCUGGCAGCCACCAUGAAGCGCCUCAACCUGCUCUGCUGCUGCGUGGCCUCCCUCCUACUCCUCAGCACUGCAGAGCUGCACGCCCCUGGCACGGACCAUGCUGGUGCUGCUGCUGAAGGUCCCCUGCCAGCUGCAGAGCCCAGGCUGGAGGAGAAGGCAGCCAGCAGCAGCCCGGAGGAGGACCGAGAUGGUGGCUCCCCCAACGCCUCCUUGUCUGCUGCCGUUGAGGAGGGACAGGGAGACGGGGAGGAAGAGCCGGCGGGUGGCCUGAGUGAGGACCUGGGGCCUGGGGAUGGACAGAUGGAGGAGACCACCAUGGAGAAGGGCCAGGAGGGGACCGGUGAGGCACAGGGUCCAGGGGAGGAUGCCAUGCUGGGCACCCCUGAGGCAGCGCAUCAUGAAGGGAAUGGCGGGCCUGGCCCACAAGAUGGACUCCACAUCAGAGAGGAAGAGGAGUCUGGUGGCAAGAAAGGAGCCUCUGAGGAGCAAGGGCAGCCUGGGGAAGAGAAAAUGGAGGAGCCAAAAGCAGCAUCUGCUCUCAAUGGGGAAGAGCAGAGCUCAGAGGAAGAGGAUGAGCAGGGAGAGUCUGAGGAAGAUGGAGGUGAGGGAGAGUCCAAGGAGGAAAGAGAGUCUGAGGAAGAGGAAGAGUCUGAGGAACAGGACGCUGGGCCAGGGGGGGCAGAGGAUGAAGGUGAAGGGAAUGACGAGAAAACAGAUGGCACUUCUAGCAAAAAGAGCCUUGGCAAACCAGCAGCUGCCGGCAAGGAAGAAGCCAGGGAUGACCCCAUCAGCUGCCAGCACCCACCCUGUGGGGACGCAGCAGAAGACCCCCCACCAGCAGCAGAAGACCCACCUGCAGCAGAAGACCCACCAGCAGCAGAAGACCCACCUGCAGCAGAAGACCCACCAGCAGCAGAAGACCCACCUGCAGCAGAAGACCCACCAGCAGCAGAAGACCCACCUGCGGACAAGCCAUCACUGGUAGAAACGGAAAGCCCAGCUGCUGCCAUGCUCCGGCACAGGCAGAUAGAAGAGGCUGAAGAUGCCAGCAAGCUGACCAAGCGUGACCGGUCCCACUUGGAGAACACCCUCAAGCUGAACGAGGACAAACCCGCCGAUGAUUUCUCAGGAGUACUGCAGCGGCUGAGGAAGAUCUACCACUCCUCCAUCAAGCCUCUGGAGCAGUCCUACAGAUACAACGAGCUGAGGCAGCAUGAGAUCACAGCUUAUCCUGGACGCACCCUGGGCUCCUCUGCCACAGAUGGGGAGAUCACUUCCAAGCCAAUGGUGCUGUUCCUGGGACCAUGGAGUGUUGGCAAAUCCUCUAUGAUAAACUACCUCCUCGGGCUGGACAAUACUCCCUACCAGCUCUACACAGGGGCAGAACCCACCACCUCCGAAUUCACUGUCAUCAUGCAUGGCCCCAAGCUGAAGACCAUUGAAGGCAUCGUGAUGGCUGCCGACAGUGCCCGCUCCUUCUCGCCCCUGGAGAAGUUUGGGCAGAACUUCUUGGAGAAGCUGAUAGGGAUUGAGGUGCCCCACAAGCUGCUGGAGCGAGUCACCUUCGUGGACACACCAGGCAUCAUUGAAAACCGGAAGCAGCAAGAACGAGGUUACCCAUUCAACGACGUGUGCCAGUGGUUCAUUGACAGAGCUGAUCUCAUCUUCAUUGUCUUUGACCCUACGAAGCUGGACGUGGGCUUGGAGCUGGAGAUGCUCUUUCGUCAGCUGAAGGGCCGUGAAUCUCAGAUUCGAAUCAUCCUGAACAAAGCUGACAGCCUGGCUACCCAGGAGCUCAUGAGAGUCUAUGGUGCCCUAUUCUGGAGCCUGGCUCCUCUCAUCAAUGUCACGGAGCCGCCCAGGGUGUACGUGAGCUCCUUCUGGCCCCAGGACUACCAUCCGGAUACCCACAGAGACCUGUUCCUCAAAGAAGAGAUAUCACUCCUGGAAGAUCUCAACCAGGUGAUUGAGAACAGGAUGGAAAAUAAGAUCGCCUUCAUACGCCAGCACGCCAUCCGGGUGCGCAUCCACGCCCUUUUGGUCGAUCGCUAUCUGCAGACCUACAAGGACAAAAUGACCUUCUUUAGUGAUGGAGAACUGGUGUUCAGGGACAUUGUGGAAGAUCCUGACAAGUUCUUUAUCUUUAAAUCCAUUCUGGCAAAGACCAAUGUCAGCAAAUUUGACCUCCCCAACCGUGAGGCUUACAAGGACUUCUUUGGCAUCAACCCCAUCACCAGUUUUAAGCUGCUGUCUCAGCAGUGUUCCUACAUGGGAGGGUGUUUCCUAGAGAAAAUCGAGAAGGCCAUCACUCGUGAGCUUCCCGAUCUCUUGGGAAGCAUUGGCUUGGGAAAGAAGCCCAAUGUUCUCUCCUGCGACGUCACUGGCUGUGGCGAAACUCCGAAGAAUCGCUACAGGAAGCCCUAAGGUGUUUCUGUGAUCUGACCGUCCACGUGUUCCUACCGGUGAAUGAGCUUAUGUCUUAUCUGUCCAAGAAGCCAUGGUUUGUUAACCAUUUGAGUGCCGCACUGGCAAAGGCUGCUGUAUGAUGAGGAUGUUGAGUCAUUGACGUCGAUGGCAGGGGAAGAUGGGUGGGCAUAAGAAAGAGAAUAAAAACUGUGAAUUCCUGA